AUGGCUACUGUUGUUCCACAAACGGAUAAUUCUCAUAUUGAUGCCGACGAUAUGAGUCUUGAAAUUUUCUGCCUUAUCUGGCUCGAUGCUAACACUAGUGUUGAAGAUAAUAGAGACACAGAACAAGAAUUACGUUCCAUCAUCAAUCGUCUAAAGAAAUUUCAAAAUGUUGCACAAUGUCAAAAAUAUCUUGAAGAAAGUUCAGAACAUAAACGAUUCGUUGUGAUUGUGAGUGGUCGAUUAGGACUAGAAAUAGUUCCUUCUAUUCAUAAACUUCGACAAGUUAUAUCAAUCUACGUUUAUUGUUUGAAUAAGGAAAGUAACGAAGAAUGGGUCAACAAUUUUUCUAAAGUAAAAGCUGUUAUUGUUCAGCUUGAUGAACUCAUUUCUCGAAUUCAAGAUGAUCAUAAAAUCCAGAAAAUGGUCGAAGAACCAUUGUCAAUUAAUAUUUUUACCACAGAUAUGGGCUCAAAUAAAUCGACCACAGGCUUAAAUGGCCAGUUUGUUUUUUCUCAAGUUCUAAUUGAAUGUCUUCUUCGACUCAAAUAUUAUGAAGUAGAUAAAAAAGAACUUAUUCGUCGUUGUAAAAAGCAAUAUGAAGGUAAUAGGAACGAGUUGAGCAAGAUUCGUGAAUUUCAAAAGGAUUAUUCAUCCGACAAAGCUUUAUGGUGGUACACAAGAGAAUCAUUCUUUUAUAAAACUCUUAAUACAGUUCUUCGUACCAAAAAUAUUCAUCUAAUGUUUUUGUUUCGCACAUAUAUGUUAGACAUUUAUCAUCAAUUGAAAGACUUUCAAGCUAAAGAUCGUCUACAACUUUAUCGAAGCCAAAUGAUAUCCAGUGAUGAACUAAUCAAUUUGGAACAAUGCUGCGGUCAAUUUAUUUCAGUGAAUUCAUUUUUUUCUACAAGUACUAAUGAACAGAAAGCUCUUUCGUUCCUCAAGCGUUCUCAUGUUACAGAUAAUUUAAAGCCAAUAUUAUUUGAAAUUAUUGCCGAUCCUACGGUAAUUAACACAAAACCAUUCGCUGAUAUUAGUCAACAUAGCGCAUUUCCUAAUGAAUCAGAGAUACUUUUUAUGCUUGGUUCUAUUUUUCGUUUGGAAAGCGUUAAACGUAAUAGCGAUGAUCAAGUAUGGAUAAUCCGAAUGGUUUUAUCUAGUGAUGAUGAACAUGAUUUAAAACAAGUUCUCAUGGAUAUGAAAGAGCAGCUUGGAGGUGGAGAAACAAAUCUUCAAACUUUAGGAAGACUUUUGUCCGAGAUGAGUAGAUUUGAUCUGGCUGAAAAAUAUUUUAUUCGCUUUUUGAAACAACUUUCUCCUGAUGACCCUUUACUUUACGAUUUGUAUCAAGAUCUUGGAAAACUUGCAUCACAGGUCAAUAACCUCGACAAGAGCAUGGAAUGGCGUCAAAAAGCUAUCACACUCAAGAAACAAAAUCAAUCAAAAUCAAGUGAAUCUGAUACAUAUAGUGAGUCAUCAUAUAUUGAACAUAAUAUUGAUGCAAGACAAUAG